GUAGGAUGUAGGAGCUAUUGUGGAAGUCUCGGCAAGAUAUUGAUGUGGACAGAAAUAGCCGGACCGCUAUUAUCUGGAUAUAAAAACAUUUCUGGGGUUUGUGAAUCCAUUUCCGUUCAUGAUAAAACACGUUGUUUUCUUUAUUUCCAGGUAUGAAUGAAAUUUGAUGACAGAGAAUGAAACUGGCAACUCUGUGAGAAGUAGUUAAUAUCACAAGCAUAUGAAGAAGAGAAAAUAGCUGUUUGCACUUAUUGGUAUUCAGAAGUUUGUUUGUUGUUUUUUCUCGUUGGAAUAGACACGUGCUUUAACGACCUUUUUUAUUUUAUUUAUUUUUAUAAUGUGAUUGACAACUAUUCAUAAGAUGAUUCAUUGCUGAUGUGACAAUUACAAACAAACUCGGACUUUGUGUUACAAUGAAUUCCGUGACAACACUUAAACUCAUACACGGAUUAAAUUAGCCCUUUUAAUUGCGAGUUAAAAAGGAAAAGGGAAAACGUGAUAUAAUGUAGCAAAAUGUUGAUUUCUGGCUUGAAACAUAUAUUACACACAACGUGCGGCAGACAUCACCUUGAGUGUUGGUGUUGUGUAACCUGACGAGCAGGCACGGGUUUAGGGAGUUCUUCUCCUUUUGGAUGCUUAUAACUUCGCUUGCAUGAUGAACUCGUCUGAGGACAUCUACAACUACAAAUGUUCGGACAAGGGUCUGCUACUUCCAGCCAUUAAUGAGUACACAUGGGCCCUGGGCGUCCGGAUAUUUUUCUAUUUGAUCGGAAUGCUCUGGUGCUUUCUCGGGAUCGCAAUCGUAGCAGACACGUUUAUGAUCGGUAUCGAGAAGAUUACGAGCAAGACGCGGAUCAUCCGGGUCUCCAACCAGAAGUCGGCGACCGGAUAUGACGAGUUGGAGGUUAAAGUCUGGAACGACACAGUCGCAAACCUUAGUCUUAUGGCAUUCGGAACCAGCGCACCGGAAAUCCUCCUCAACGUUAUCGAAAUAUGCUUUAAGGGAUUCAAAGCCAACGAUCUCGGUCCUGCGACAAUAGUAGGAUCGGCCGCCUUCAAUUUGCUGAUCAUAACCGCUGUGUGUAUAACGAGUAUACCUAAAGGUGAAGGUCGUAAGAUCGGAAAUGUGCGCGUGUACUGCGUGACGACGGGGUUCAGCGUGUUCGCAUACGUGUGGAUGCUUCUGGUGCUGCUGGUCAUCUCGCCGGAAGUGGUGGAGCUGUGGGAGGCGGUGGUCACCUUUCUCUUUUUCCCCGUCCUCAUCGUCAUAUGCUUCCUCACUGACAAGAUGUACUGCUGUCGCCGCUCCAACAAGACUGCCUCUGAGGUCGAGAUAGGCAUAGACAUCGACAACAAUAUGGGCGGCGACCGUAAGGACAAUGUGGACAUCAUCCACAUCGCCAAGGAGCUUGGCCGCUAUCACAUACCGGAAGAGGAGGCGGCCAAGAUCGCGGCCCUGAAGCUAUCAAAGGGACAAUCCCACAAUUCCGGCUGGUACCGGAUACAGGCCACACGUAAACUCACCGGAAGCCAACGCGUACAGCCAAAGGUCAAGGAGGCUUUCAAAGAUAUCUACACAACCGUGAUGAAUCGCUCAUAUCUGCAGCAGUCUCCGGAACCGGAAAACACGAGUCUUUCCGCUGUCGACCUGACGGACAACGGAAACAGGGCGGUCGUGGAGUUCACUGCCGCAUCUAGCGCCGUCCUCGAAAACGAGGGGAAGGUGCGGCUCGGUAUCAGGCGGUACGGCAGGCUAGACCUUCCGGUCAGCGUCAAACUUGAAACAAUAGACGGGACAGCGGAGGCGAACAGCGACUACAUCCCACUGAAGACUUCAGUCCAGUUUGCGAUCGGGGAGACGCUGAAGGAAAUCAACAUAGAAAUCGUUGACGAUGAUGUAUGGGAGCCGGACGAGUUCUUCUUUGCCAAGCUUUUCGUGGACCAUGGUGAUCCGAGCGUCAAGCACGUGACUCUUGGGAGCGUCUCCAUUAACCAGAUAACCAUUAUCAAUGACGACGAGCCGGGAACGUUCGAGUUUACCAAGCCGAGCUACGUGGUAAGGGAGGGUACGGGAAAAGCGCAGUUAUUUGUGAAUCGGGUGAACGGGGCGGAUGGUGUGGUGCACGUGCAUUGGGAAACGCGGGACCUAUCAGCACGGAGUGGCAAGGACUACAUAGCAGGCUUGGGGGACCUGAUGUUCGGGCAUGGGGAGACGCAGAAAACCAUCGAGGUCAUUAUACUCGACAGUGAGUUAUCGGAGCGCGACUGCAGCUUCCAGGCCGAGAUCUCCACGGCAGCGGCAGGUGCGCGGAUCGGCAAGAUCGGCAAGACCAUUGUGACCCUCGUCAACGACGAUGAGUUUCAGGACAUGGUGUCGCGGAUCGCGGCCCAGACCCGACAGAACCUUGACGCCCUGAAGCUCGAGUCAUCCAGUUGGCGGGAACAGAUUGCGUGCGCCAUGAACGUGAACGGCGGUGAUGUGGAAAACGCCUCAGCCUUCGACUAUGUCAUGCAUUUUAUCUCAUUCUUUUGGAAGGUUCUGUUCGCGUUCAUCCCUCCGCCUCACAUCGCGGGCGGCUGGCUCACUUUCUGGCUCUCCCUCCUCUGGAUCGGCAUCCUCACCAUGGUCGUCGGCGACCUCGCCAACAUCUUCGGCUGUCUCGUCGGCCUCGGAGAUCUCAUCACCGCCAUCACAUUCGUGGCUCUCGGCACCAGCAUGCCGGAUACUUUUGCGUCCCGCCAGGCGGCGAUCAACGAGAAGUUCGCGGACAGUUCCAUCGGCAACGUGAACGGAAGUAACGCCGUCAACGUAUUCCUGGGACUCGGUCUGCCCUGGCUAAUAGCCACCAUCUACUGGGCCGCGAAGGGCGAGGUGUUCGCCUACCCGAGCGACAGCCUUGGCUUCAGUGUAGUGCUGUACCUGUCCACGGCGGUGGUUACUAUUCUGAUCCUCUUAAUGCGCCGCCGCAUACCGUCUUUGUUUGGCGGCGUGGAGCUGGGCGGACCGGUGCCAGGCAAGUACGCCUGCUCCGGUGUCCUGGUCACACUGUGGAUCUUCUACGUUGUCAUGUCCUCCUUGAAGGCCCAGGGAAUUUUACAGGCGGACUUCUGAACGGGGCAAACCCAGCUUUAUCUGUGAUAGUUUAGUUAUUUAUAUAUUUACGCCGUGAUCUGUGGCCCUGUGUGAGUAUUGUGGAUUGUUGCCACAGCGCUUUGAUGGACUCCUCUAACACGGCAGUUUAUACGGCAUAUAUCCGCAAAAUAGCGCCGUGUUGGUGAAGUGUCAAUCAUUAUGUACAUGACCAUAAUAGUAAAAUGUGGCUUCGGCAAGUGUUUGACAUUAUACAUAAAACAUUUUGUGAUUUUUACUAAACGUAUUAAAUAUGA